UCUUCCUCCUCCUCCAGUCGUCGCCAUGGUGCAGAUGAUGGAGUCGCAGUGCGAGUAUUUCAUGUAUUUCCCAGCGGUUCCCAUCACGGACCUGUCGGACCCGGCCCGGUACCGGACCCUGCCCCGCCGCAGUCACCUGUACCUGGGGGAGACCGUCCGCUUCCUGCUGGUGCUGCGCUGCAGGGACGCCGGAGCGACCCCGACCGAGCAGGGCCCCGGGGUCAGUGAUGGUGUUGCUGGCUUCGGGACGGAGUCGGCCAGUAGCCGGGCCUGGAGGGAACUGGCCGGUUCGCUUUGUGCCGUGGCCAGCGUGAGUCCCGGUGACAGUAGCCGUCACAGGGGCAACCACCAGCAUCACCAUGACUACCAGAGCAGCGGGGACGAGGCCAACGAGGAUGGCGAAGAGGACUACAUCGCAGCAGCAGAGGCGGCCAUCGCAGCGCUGGGCAGCCGGGUCGACUCCCGCUGCAGGAGCUUCAGGGACUGCAAACCGCUGCUCAUUCACAACUCCUCUGGAACGGGGACCAAGGAGUUCCGCAGGGCGCCUGUUCAGUCUCCUCUGGAUGAGCCGGUGGUUUUAACAGAUGAGGUCAUCUUCCCUCUCACCGUAUCUCUGGACAAACUCCCCGUAAGCACUUUGAAAGUCAAGGUGAUGGUCACCGUGUGGAAGAGGGAAGCAGAGAAAGCGGAGGUUCAAGAACUCGGAUAUCUGAGUGUCCUGCAACAACGAGAACCGACGCACACAUUCAGACACGACCUCAACACCUUCAAAGCCCAGGUGAGCACCACGCUGACCGUCCUGCCGCCGCCAACUGUCCGCUGUAAACAGAUGACCGUCUCUGGAAGACACCUGGCCGUCCUGAAAGUGUUGAAUGAGUCCUCCCAGGAAGAGGUCAGUAUUCGGGAUGUUCGAAUUUUACCCAACCUCAACGCCUCCUACCUUCCCAUGAUGCCUGACGGCUCUGUGCUGCUGGUGGACAAUGUGUGCCAUCAGUCAGGUGAAGUUGGCAUGGCGUCAUUCUGCCGGGUGGACAGUCUGGCUUGCCAUCUUCCCAGCAUGCUUAGCGCUUUGGAGGAGCAUGACUUCCUCUUCCAGCUGCACCUUAACGACAUGCCGCAGGACGACUCCAAUGAGGGUUUGGAGGUUCCCCUGGUUGCUGUGCUGCAGUGGUCAACUCCCAAGAUGCCUUUCACCAACUGCAUUUACACCCACUACAGAUUACCCAGCAUCCGUCUGGACCAGCCAAGGUUUGUCAUGACCGCCAGCUGUCCGAGCACCGUCAAAGUGAAGGAGCACUUCAAGGUCAAAUACGUUCUGCUCAACAACCUGCAGGAUUUCCUCGCUGUUCGACUCGUCUGGACCCCAGAAGGUCGUGGUCAGGGCGAGGACACGGCGCUGGCUGCCGUCGUCUGUCACACUCCUCUCAGUAACCUCGGCCACUGUCGGAAAGGAAGCACUCUGUCGUUCAGCGUGGCCUUUCAGAUCCUCCGACCAGGACUCUACGAGCUCAGUCAGCACAUGAAGCUGAAGCUCCAGUUUACGGCCUCAGUUGCCAACCCUCCGCCUGACGCCCGCCCACUGUCACGUAAAAACAGCCCGUCCAGUCCGGCGGUUCGAGACCUGCUGGACCGGCACCAGGCCAGUCUGGGUCGAUCCCAGUCCUUCUCCCAUCAGCAGCCGUCUCGCUCACACAUCAUGAGGACGGGCAGUGCCAUGGAGCGGCGGGCCAUCACCCCCCCAGUGGGCUCCCCAGUGGGCCGGCCUCUGUAUUUGCCACCACAGGACAAAACGCUGCUGUCUCUGGACAAGAUCGCCAAGAGGGAGUGUAAAGUUCUGGUGGUGGAUCCUGUCAGCUAGGAAGGAAGGAAGGAAGGAAGGAAGGAAGGAAAGACACGAGGAAACAGGGAGGCAAAGAAGGACUCUGAAAAGCUGAUUGUCUGUUAGCGCAAAAAUAAGAAACUUCUGCCGUAUCAGACAUGAAACAAAAAAACUAUGACACACUGUACCGGCCACACUUUCAAUAUUUAUGUAUUAUUAUAAUUCUGUGUUAUUUCAAGGAUCAGUCCAGUGAUGUUCAAUACUUCAGUUACUGUCACAUGCCCUUCAUGCAGACAAACACUGUGAAUUCAUAUUGACAAAAUCCUGACACAAAUACUUGAAAUAAAUCGCCAAACGUACAAGAAAGAGAUAGUUCCUGCAAUCUGGACAACUUUGAAAAGACUAGUUCACCCAAAAAUAUAUGUGCCAGUGUUAAGGCCUUUGCACACCCUGCUGCAAAAACUGGGAAAAUCAAACUUAUUGCUAAAAAAU